CGAAUUUCGAGGGAAACCGGGGAUUCAGGAGUCUUUUGUCACUUUAAUUUUCAUUUCUUCACCAGUCGGGAAUGAGAAAUUGAAGGCAAAAGCUGUGGCUGUUCUACAAAAAUCCAAAUAAUUUGGAAGUGUAAAAUAUAUUUUUUAUUCAACGAUUGUAACGAGUGCGUGAACAUUUCCGGAAAUCGUGCAACGAAUUCUAUUGUUGAUUCUAAAGUAAUCGAAAUGUGAAUAAAGUUGUGAAUGUGAAUAAAAUAAAUUAUGGGCGGGUGGAAUUAUAGGGCUCAAGUGCAGUAAAUGUAAAAGGGGGUUUCAUUUCUAGUAGUGUUACCAGUAAAUUGAGUGGAGGAAAAGCAUGAACGGGAAUUAUAGGAAAAUGAGGGUCACAGGGCUCAAUUGUAUCAGUUUGGCGUGGUUUAAUGCUCGAUUGUUCACCGUAAAUGGAGCACCAUUCAGAUUUCAUUUGGUUGGAUUUGAUCCGUGUGAGGCCUAUGAGAUUGGGAGAAUUAUUGAGGCUUAUGGAGGGAAGUUGUCGCACCCCGAUUCCCCGGACACUUUCGUUUUCCGUGACCCGGGUCGUCCAGUUACCGCAGAAAAAUACGAUCUUUACAAUAUCAAAUAUUUUUACGACAGCAUUGUUGCACUGCAACGCCAGGAUUUAAUCAACUACAGGCUUCAGGUGUCAACGAAGCAACCCAAUUCGAGCUUCAUGAACAGUGGCUCAACACACUCGUGGCUGAAAAAAAAUCACUUUGAUCAGCACCAGGACUCAAUGGAUUACGAGAAUCAGAUGUCCAUAGAUGAAUCGUCCAGUGGUUUUGCAGAUGACGAUCAGUGCUCUCAGUGGGAGAUCACUGAAGAAAACAAUAACAAACUUCAGGAAUCCAUGAACUACAAGCUUCGAGCUCCCACAGACGAACGAUCCACGAGUCCUGCAACUGACGAUCAAUCGGCGAUCUCCCACAGCAAUGAAGAAAGUAACAUUUUCUAUGGGGAAGAUCGAACCGCCGAGCGCUCCUCCAGUGCCGACCCCCAGGAAGAGCUGACAGACGACGAGAAUUCCUUCACAGCAGCGAGAACGAGAGUUUAUUCUCGUGAAACCAAGAGUUUCGCCGAAGUUCAUCGCUUGACAGAGAAUAAACCUGAAGUUACAAGCACAGAAGGUGAAAUCAACCGUCAAGACAGGGAUAAUUCUAAUGAAACCGAGAAUGAAAACUACGAAAGUUCUUCCGACGACGGAGAUCCUGAAGACUCAGACGCAGAAGACUUUUCCAAAACCGCGGACGACAAUCUCAAUCCGGAAGCUGUCGUGAAUGACGAAUUUACGCGGUCGAGCCGUCGUCGUCGCUGCUCUUCAUUGGGAGGACAGAGCAGCGAGAAUAAACGUGCGAGAUGGACUUUCACUGAAGAAGAAAAUGAAAAGAUCAUGAACUGGGUCAUAGAAAAGGAAGUAAUUCCGACAGAUACAGGAAAAAAUCUUUGGCAGGAGUUUCUAGACGAAAAGAUUCUGCCUGACAUAAAUUGUGGCCCAGCAUCUCUAGCACGACAUUACGCGAAUAAAUUGAAGAAUCAUCCAACAAUUGAGAAGUACAGGGAGGAAGCAAAGGCUACAGGACGGACACUAAAACAUGCCCCGCCCCGGUACACCGAAGAGGAGGAUCGAGUUCUCAUUCAGUAUCUCAUCGACAAUGAUGCUAUUCAUCGGGCGGGGAGUGAAAAAGUUUGGGAGGAAUGCAUGGAGAAAUGCAAGGAAUUAUUGCAUCCAUUCAGGACGGCCCCGAAGCUGCGCAGCUAUUUCAAACAGAAGCUUCGUACCAAAUAUGCAAAAUAUACUGAUGACCCAGAGGCACUGAAAAUGUUCGAGGGAUUAGAAAAAAAGAGAAAGAGGAGAACCAGAAGUAAUAAAGGAGACAAUCUCUAUUGAACGAAUAUUAUCAAAUGUAAAAUUCCACGAAGUGCGUGAAUAAUUUAAUUUAAAAAAUGACACUGACUUUUCAUCAUUAAGCAAUGUGUACGUACUUUAUACCUUCUCGAUAGUUUUAUUAUAAUUAAUUUGUGUAUUCUAUGUGGAUCAUCGAGACAUCCUUGUUUGUUUUUUAUGCAGAAAAAAUCCCAUGAAUUUUAAUUAUUGUAAUGAGGUGACGAAAAAAAUUGCCUUCUUCAGUUUAAUUGCUAAUCAUGUAAAAUUAAUAUUUAAUAACGAAUAAAAAAUGGUAAUUAUUGAAUUGGAA